CCCUGCCAGCCCAGCACCGUGCUGACACCUCCCCUGCGCCGCUCUCGGGGGCCGGUGCUGGCAAGCCUUUCCCCAGCCUCUUCGUUAGCGCUGCCUGCGGUUGCGGCUUGGGCAGGGAUCUGGCAGGGAAAAGCGGAGCUCCCGGGGGGGGGGGGGUAAACACGCCUGUGCCAGCUCACCUGAGCAAGGUCUCUGUUCCCCACGGCCGUUUGGGGGUCCUCGGGGGGCUCCCACCAGGUCUGGUGCUACUGGGGGCCACCCUUGUCACAAGGCGCCACUGUCCCUGGCCCCAUGCGGGACUCUGGUCCCUGCCAGGCGUCUCCCUUCGGUGUGGCUCUGAUUAGUUUAAAGUCUGCGCGUUAUCACACCCCCCCCAGCCCCGGGGCUCAUAAAAUCUCGCCAGGACGGAGACACCGCCACUGCCGUCCUCGCUGCCUGCUCCCGGCCAGCCCCAUGGGCUCCGCUUCCUUCUUGAAGAGGGCCCAGGCUCUGCUCCGCGUGCGGAACCAACUGACACGCGAGUGCCUGGCGGAGCUGCUGGCUGUCUUUGUGCUCAUGCUGAUCACCCUGGGGGGCUCAGCACAGAUGGUCACCAGCUCGGGGACGAAGGGGAACUUCCUCACCGCCUACCUGGCGGGCGCCCUGGCCGUCAUGGUGGCCGUCUACACGGCAGGAGGAGUCUCCGGGGCCCACCUGAACCCGGCGUUCUCCUUCGCCAUGUGCCUGCUGGAGCAGUUUCCCUGGUGGAAGUUGCCCAUCUUUGUGGCCGUGCAGACCGCGGGAGCCUUCAUCGCCGCCGGAGCCGUCUACGCCCUCUACUACGAUGCCAUCCAGCACUACAGCAACGGGACCCUCACCACCACCGGUCCCCGGGAGACCGCGUCCAUCUUCGCCACCUACCCCGCUGACUACCUCUCCCUCUCCAACGGCUUCUUGGACCAGGUGAUGGGCACGGCGCUGCUGAUCGUGGGUGUCCUGGCCAUCCUGGACACCCGCAACAAGGGUGUCCCCAAGGGUUUGGAGCCGGUGGCCGUGGCCCUGCUGGUGUUCUCCAUCGAGGUCUCCAUGGGCUCCAACUGCGGUUGCCCCAUGAAUCCCGCGCGGGAUUUUGGCCCCCGGCUCUUCACCUACGUGGCGGGUUGGGGCACCGAGGUCUUCAGCAGGGGCAAUGGGUGGUGGUGGGUGCCGGUGGUGGCACCGCUGCUGGGGGCCGCGGUGGGCUCGGCCCUUUACCAGCUCCUCGUGGCUUUCCACCACCCGGCGGAGGAGGGGGACCCCCCGGCCCAGCAGAGCUGCCUGGUCCUCACCAACGCCACCAUCCCCCCAGACACCGAGCAGGCACCGGGGGAGAAGGAUGCCGGGGGGGAUGCUGCCCCAGAAGUGAUGCUGGGGACCCCCUCGCCACCGCCAGCUGGCAGCAGGGUCCCCCCCGCCGUCGCCCUCACACCAUUAAAGGAGCCCUGAGACUGCAGGUGUCGUGUCCAGACAUGGGUGACAGCCCCCCACCCCGGUGGGGACAGAGCGGGCCAGGCCUGGCAGCAGGGGGGGGACCCCGGCCUGGGGUGCAUGUGCAGCUGG